GCAUAAAAAAAAUAAAAAAUGGAGAAUUAAUUUUGGCGGGAGUUUAGUGGAGAGUAGUAGUAGACUUUCUUUCUCCCAUCAUCAUCAUCCAAAAAAGUUAGCAAUAAAACGGCACCGUUUUGUCAUGUAACCUCCAUCACCAUCACCACCACCACCUUCGCUAGUAUUGAAACUCAGUUUCGUUCUCGUUCCGGCAACAACAACACAACAAUGGGUUCUUCUUCUUCAAACUCAGAUCCAAUGACAUGUUACUCUCACACUCACCGUAUCGUCCUCCUCAUAGAUCUCGACCCACUCAUUCUUCUCAACAACAACAACAAUUCUUAUAUCAAAAAAAUUCUCUCCAUUGCCAAAACCCUAUUAUCUUUCCCUCCACUUUCUUCCUCUCUUUUCGCUUUCAAAUUCUUCUUCUCUUCUCUCCCACCUCACAUCUCCUUCUCCAAACUCCACCCUUUCCUCCCCAAACACUCUUUCUCAUUCGAUCACCCUUCUUCUACUUUCAUUCUCCUUUCUCAAAUUCUCUCUUCUUUCCCUCAUUUCUCUCUCCCACAUAACCCCAAAGCCUCUCACUUUCUCGAUUCCGUAACUCAGCUUCUCCACGAUUAUCCUUGGGAGGAGGACCCUCGUUCUGAAUUUGACUCCCACACUUCGCUUCUAGUUCCGUCUAAUUUAAUUCUCUUUUUAACUCCUUUGUUUAAUUCAUUCAAAUCCCUCGCCCAUUUUUUUGAAUCAAACGAGGAUACGUUGCGAAUUCAGAGUUCUUUCUGCGACAGGUUUUUAGGGUUUUUUAGUAAUGUGAGUCGCCGGUUUGGCUCUAAGGGUGUUCGUUGUAGUUGGAUUGGUGUUAAUAAUAGCAAUAAUGAUGAUGAUGAUGAUGAUGAGGUUGGAGAGAUACGUAGCUUGUUUGAGAUUGGGACUAGGAAAUUGGGUUGGGGUUUUUGUUUUUUGGAUUCAAUUUUGCUUGGUUCUGCUCUUGUUCCUUUUGGUUUGAUAUAUCCCAAAAUUGGGGUUUCCUUGUUUUCUGUUCAUUGUUGUUCUAAGGAAGUUAAGGUUCAGUUGACUCUUAGUAUCCUGGAUGUUAAUGGGAGUCCCAUUGAAUACAACUGUUGUGAUCUUGAAGUUUUGGAUUUUAGCGUUUUCGGUAGAGGGGAUGAUGUGAAAUGUGGAAGGAAAGAGAAGUUGUGGAAUGUGUGUUCAGAUGGGAUGGUAAAAUUGAAAGUUACAGUUGUGCGGAAAUGUGAUGUGUUUCGUAACUUGAAGGGUUGUCUCUCUGAUUCGGUUCUGGUGCGUGAGGUUUUAGGGGAAUCUAAGAAGGGAGGAGAUUCAUAUGAGUUUUUUGCUGAUAGAGUUCUUGAAUUGCUCGCCACUGAAUUUGGCUGCCAGGGACGGCGAAAAUCUGUUCCCGUCUGGGAGAUCUUGUUGAGUUAUCUUUAUAAAGAAGAUUGCUGGGCUUUGGUGUCGGUUGACAAUAGCAAAGGCGGUGGUUCUUGUGUUGGUAUUCUUAGGCCUUUUACUGUUUCGUCAGCUCUUUUAUCUGUCUUGGAGGAUUCACCAUUGGCUACUGAUUUUGGUGCAACAAAUGUAGAUUCUUCUACUAGGACAAGUAUUGGCGAAUCAGAUCACAAAUUUGACAAGAGCCGGGAUCUGUUGGAUUCUCAGUUCAAGGGUGCUGUGGGAAUUAAGGGUAAGCAGAAAAAGAAGAUGAUGGAUUUAAAUACACUUCGAAACCUCACGUGGAGCUCUUUUUGUGAUUUGAUAUAUAAUCAAAUUGAGAUGGAUCUGCAUGAGGUUUAUUAUGCAAUGGAAUGUAACAAGUCAAAGAAGUUGAAGUUUUUGAAAUGCUGGAUGAAACAGGUGAAGAAAUCUAGCUGCUGCGACCUAAAUUUAUCAGAAAAUUCUAAGCCAAAUCAGAUAAUUGCAGAAGGGACCGACAAUAAAUUGAAUGAGUUACCUCAAAAUGGUGAACAGCCAACCCCACCAGUGGCUGACUCAGCUGGAAUUAACGCCGAGGCUGCCACGGUACAGGAUGAUGUUGUGCCUGGUUGUAGGUCAGAAACAUCUGAAGCAUUUUUUAGUAAUCUUUCCAACAGGAUCCAACAGGGAAUUGAAUCUGAUUUCAUAGAGCUCGGAGCUUUGGCUGAGCGACUUGUGAAUUCAUCUAUAUAUUGGCUAUGUCGGAAGGUUGAUAGCGAAAGAAUACCUCGGAUUCAUUCUCCUAUGAAUGAUAAUAGUGGUUGUGGUGGUGUGGUUUGCUCUGAACUAAUAAAACUACUGUUGAAAGAGCCCAAGGAGAAAGCUGUGAAGCAUAAAAGCAGAAAUUCAUCCUCUCAGAAAUCUGAUGCAGGAACAAAUACAAUAAUCACAGAACAUGUGGUUAGAGAAUAUGAACUGCAGAUUUUAUUUCGAAUGGAAAUUUUACAAUCAGAGGUUGGACGCGGAAUCGAAGAUUCCAGUAAACAGAAGUUUGUCAAACAAAUAUGCCUACUCUUAGAGAACAUUCAGUGCCACAUGGAAGGGGGGUUUUUUGGUGAUUGGAACCUUGAAAAUUAUGUGGCAAAGAUCAUACAAAGCAGGUAUUCUCACACCCUAGAAGACAUUGUUCAUAAAAUCUACAACAAAAUGGACCUGCUCCUGUUUGCAAAUGAGGAUGAAGCCCCGGAUUGUUUAUUUAACAGUGAGGACAGCAGCAAAUCCUUGAAUCUAAAAGCAUAUGGAGAUGAGAUGGGUGAAAAUGAUGUCUGUAAUGGACCUUUUUCGGCAGAAAAUGAGGUUUUUCAUUUGCAGAAGAUUGUCAAAGGAAAAUUCCAAAGGAAUGUAGAUGGGGGUCAUGAUAAAAAGCUAACUGAAGCUGUGGAGAGGAGAGAGAGGGCACAUAGAUUUUCAUACAUAAAAAGUCGGAUGCCUGCUUUGCGAGUUUGGAAUCCAAAACAGAAGGGUAUGAAAUCCAAGACAGAUCACCUUUGGAAGAUUCCAAAAAGGAAAGACCGAUCAAGGGCAUCUUAUGACACUGUAUGUGAGACACCAAUGACAGGGAAAAAGUGGUCAAGCCCGCAGUCAAUAGGUUCAGAUGACGACAGUUUCAUGGCUGGUGGGAAUCAAGUAUGUGGUUCAGUUGCUAAGGCUUUGUUUCAGGUAUGAUCUUUGAUGUGAUUAAAACAUGCAUGACUUUGACUGACAGAGAAAUUGUAUAUGCCAACUUGAAGAGCAAAUUGAGGCAAAUUCUGAAUACUAGAUAUGACCUAUUGAUGGAAUGUUAUAGUUUGGACUCCGGAUUCCAAUUGGUUUCCCAGUAUUUACAUACAUGUCAGCUGAUUCAUUACAUUAUAAUAGUAAAUAAAUCAUUUGCUCAAUUUGAUGCCUUUGUAUAAUCGAAGUUUUUAUUAUAUUAGCUUCUGAA